GAGGAAGAAAUUUUCACACAAAGAUUGUUUCAGGAUCUCUGCUUGUCGUAGACGCAUUCAGGACCGAACAGGGGUCUUUGGCAGAGACUUAUAGAUUGAGGCCUUGCUAUUUGACAAAAACAGAGAUGGUUUUCCACAAAGAGCAGUAUGGAUGUUCUGUGGCAUACGAGAAAUUCAGCGAUACUCUUUAUGCCAGCAACGACGGACCGGAGAGUUGCUCAGAUAAUCACAGCAAAGCCUCUUCGGGUGUUUUCACAGAAUUUCAGCGGUACAAGUUGGCUGCAGCCACUUUUGGACUUUUGUGUCUGCUGCAGCUAAGUCUCAUCAUUUCUCUUUCUCUUUCAGCUUCCAGAAAUAUGAGUCUGCUGGAGAAGGAGAAAAAUGAACUGAAGACACUCAACUCUGGCCUCGAUGCCAGUAAUAAAAAACUGACAGCAGAAAAAGAGCAGCUGAAGAGGAACCUAGAUGACGUUGAUUCACAACGUAUUUCUCUGACUAAGGAGAGAGACGGACUAAAGAAGACCAACCUUGGUUUCCAGUCCAAUCUGAGAGAUCUGACUGCAGAGACGGAAAGGCUGGGCAGAACCAUCAGCGAGACUCAGGCCAGUAACAAACAUGUGACUGAACAGAGGGAUGAGCUGAGGAAAGAACUUAAAAACAUCACUUUAGAGUUCAGCUUCCUGACUGAGGAGAGAGACGAGUUGAAGGAUAUUAAUUUCCGUAUCGAGACAGCUCUGAAAAUCCUGAUCGACAUGGGAGAAAACCUGACCAGAACCAUCAAUGACACUGAAGUCAUCAAUAAAAAUUUGACUGCAGAGAGAGACAAGCUGACGAAAGAUCUCAACAACCUUGCUUCACAUCUUAGUUCCCUGACUAAUGAGAGAAACGAGUUGAAGAAGUUAAACUCUGGCUUGGAAGCCAGUCUGAAAAAUCUGACUGAAGAGAGUCAGAAACUGAUCCAAACCAUUCAAAAUAUUCAGUCCGAUCACAAAAACGUGACAGGAGAGAGAGACGACCUGAUGAGGGAGCUGAAUGUGUUUACUUCACAGCUUGCCUCCAUGACUAAGGAGAGAAAUGAUCUAAAGAAGAUUAACUCUGAUAUUGAAGCCCAUAGUAACACGUUGAGAGAAGACAAGGAUGAACUCAACAGGACGUUGAAUGAUUUGGCCUCCAAACACAAUUCCCUGACUGCAGAAAGAGACCUUUUGAGGCAAACAAAGUCGCUUAUUGAGGCCACGUCCAGAACAAUCAGUCAGGAAAGAGAUGAGCUGAAGGCAAAGAUCAACACUAUAAAUAAACCAGGAUGGGAGCUUUUUGAAGGCAGUGCAUACUACGUUUCUUAUGGCAAGAAGACCUGGGAAGAGAGCAGGAGGUACUGUCAGUCAAAAGGUGCAGACUUGAUGGUCAUCAACAGCAGAAGCAAACAGGUUUUUGGAAACAAGUUUCAGAAGUACAUGUGGAUUGGACUGACUGAUCAAGAAACAGACGGAAUAUGGAAAUGGGUAGACGGGAGUCAAGUUAACCCAACCUACUGGUCAUCUGGUGAGCCAAAUGGUAAAACACAGGAGAACUGUGGGAACAUAAAGUCUUUCAAUUUGGAGAACAGCUGGAACGACGAACAGUGCACCCAUUCCCUCCACUGGAUCUGUGAAUUGAAGCUAGUCUAGUAUCUGGGAUUCAUAUCACAUAAAAAAAAGAAGAAAAACAUAAAAAACACACUUAUUAAAACUCACAGAGGUUGAUAAUAUUUGCACAUUUGUCUGCUUUGUUUGGAUGAGAUGCUGUGAAGGUGAUACUGGAGAUGUGCUGAUUUUUAUUUUUAUGAGCGAUUUCAAAUCUUUAGUGUUUGAUCAAAGUUUGACCCGCUGGGUCUGAUUUUAAAUGAUUCUAAUUUCUCUUAUAAAAACAUUAAAAUUUUGUUUCCAGACUCCCUGCA